ACCUCUCCUCCACAUUAAUUGAUGAUGGAGCUCCCACCAUUCCCAUUUACUGCUAAACGAUUCCAGUCACCCCCACAAAAGAAAGACCAGUACAAUCAAACUUUCAUUUCCUCAAUUUCCUUUCAAUCUGAAAUAGAUAUGUAUAUUUUUUUUAAACCAAUAUAUACCAUCAUCUCUUUGCAGCAAUCUGCAUUUCAGAAAGACUCAUGUCUGCCACUUCCAAUUAAGUUCCGUCCAAUGCUCGUUUUAGGAAACUUGUCGUAAUUCUACUAGUUAAUCUAGUCCUGUUUGUUCAAGUAGAUUCCAGAAAAUUGAUGCACAUCUUUUCUUUUCUCUUUUCUUUCCUUUCCUACCUUCCUUUUUGAACAGUUCAUAAUCACAAACUACUUGCACAAUCUUUAUAAAUACGUUCAAAAAGCAUAUGAUCACAAGGAGCAGACCAAAAGCCAGGGAAACCAAAAGUUAAAACCCCCCCCAAAAAAAAAAUAAUAAUAAAAGAAAAAAAAGACAAAGGAACCAUUUUCCCCGUGUAUGAGUCAUGUCAACUGAGAGAGUCCAACUAGUAUAAAUUGACUUCCCUUUGAGAUUUCAUCUUACUGUGGAACUUUAAACCAGCUGAUCUCCUUAACUUUGUUGAAGGGUUCGAUUCGCAUUCGCGAAAAAAAAAAAAAAAAUGUCCUUUACUUGUACCAAAGAUUUCCUCAGGCGAUUUUGCAUUGAUGAUUUUUCACUCAAUGCACAAACACACAGUGGUUUGUUCUCCAGUGAUCUUCUUCCUUCACUUGGAGCUCGAAUGAACCGUGCAACUAAGCUUCGAAAAGGCAUCAUUUCGCCAUUCAAUCCAAGCUAUAGGGCUUGGGAAAUGUUCUUGAUCAUCCUGGUGAUCUACUCGGCCUGGAUUUCGCCUUUUGAGUUCGCUUUCGUGCCUUUCAAACAAGAUGCAUUGUCCAUUUUCGAUAACAUAGUCAAUGCAUUCUUUGCCAUCGACAUCAUUUUAACCUUCUUCGUGGCUUACCUCGACAGCCAAUCCUAUCUGCUGGUUGACAAUUUCAAAAACAUAGCCAUGAGGUAUCUUUCAACCUGGUUCAUCUUUGAUGUCUGCUCCACGGUUCCGUUUCAAUCCAUUAGCCUCCUUUUCACGCAUCACAGUGGUGGACUUGGCUUAAAAGUUCUCAGUAUGCUCAGACUUUGGCGUUUGCGCCGAGUCAGCUCUCUUUUUGCCAGACUAGAGAAGGACAUUCGGUUUAAUUAUUUCUGGACUCGUUGCACAAAGCUCAUAUCUGUGACAUUAUUUGCUGUGCACUGUGCUGGAUGCUUCUACUAUGUGAUUGCAGAUAGAUAUCCUGAUCCUAAAAGAACCUGGAUUGGUGCACUUUAUCCAAAUUUCAAAGAUCACAGCAUUUGGGAUAGAUAUGUUACUUCUAUAUAUUGGUCUAUUGUCACACUGACCACAACUGGUUAUGGCGAUUUGCACGCCGAAAACCCAAGGGAAAUGCUCUUUGAUAUCUUUUACAUGCUGUUCAACUUGGGAUUGACUUCUUACAUCAUAGGAAACAUGACUAACCUUGUAGUUCAUUGGACUAGCCGCACUAGAACUUUCAGAGACACAGUUCGAGCUGCAUCAGAGUUUGCGAAAAGAAAUCAGUUACCGCCAUGUAUACAGGACCAGAUAUUGUCCCACAUAUGCCUCAGGUUCAAAACAGAAGGCUUGAAGCAGCAAGAAACCUUGAAUAGUCUUCCAAAAGCCAUUCGUUCCAGCAUUUCCAACUACUUGUUUUUGCCAAUAAUUCAAAAUGUCUUUCUCUUUCAAGGUGUUUCCGAUGACUUCCUCUUCCAAUUGGUUCCGGAAAUGGAAGCUGAAUACUUCUCUCCAAAGGAAGAUGUAAUUCUACAAAACGAGACACCAACUGAGAUGUACAUAUUGGUUUCUGGUGCAGUGGAUUUGAUAGCCAGCAUUGAUGGUCAUGAACAGAUAAUGGGAAAAGCUCUUGCCGGGGAAACAUUUGGCGAAAUUGGUGUUCUAUGCGGAAGGCCUCAGCCAUUUGCUGCUCGAACUAGGGAGAUUUCUCAACUGCUACGGGUGAACAAGACAUCGCUGAUGAAUAUUCUGCAGAUGAAUAGUGAAGAUGAGCAAAUAAUAAUGAACAAUCUUUUCCAGAAACUCAAAGGAUCAGGGAUGUCAAGGCAUGUGGAAGAGCAGGUUGAUCAAACUUUAGCAUCUGGCGAUUCGCUUCAUGAAGCACCAAAUGAAACAACAUAUUCUCAUCCUGGUCAUAGAAACAAUGCUUGUGCAAAUAGAGGGAUAUUGGAUGUGAUGACUUUAGAUAUUGCUGAUUCAGAAGCCAUGGUGGAGGAACAAGAGCCGCGGAAACCUGAUGAACACAAAAUUGAGCUUUUCGACUUGGAAAAAGCAAAUGCAACUUUUGAAGUUCCAUCUAAACCAAACAAAGAUGGAUCUAUGCACUCUUUAAAACAUUGCCACAGGAUUCCAGCAGAGAUCAGCUCAAGUAGUAUCAUGUUUCCUGCAGACAAAGAGAAUGCACAAUCUACCAGAAAAAGAGUUACCAUUCACAUGAAGGUUCAACAACAUCAGGCAGCAUAUGAGUCGAUUGGGAAACUGAUACUCCUACCUGAUUCACUAGAAGAACUUUACAGCAUAGCAGAUCAAAAAUUCGGAGGUCAGAAUUUCACACGCAUUGUGAGUGCAGAUGGUGCAGAAAUAGACGACUUCAAUGUCAUCCGAGAUGGGGAUCAUCUCUUUUUUCUUUCAGACAAAGGCGAAUGACAGUUGCAGUCUUACAUAUAAUAACACCUUAAUUGACAAGAUCAUGAUACAGUGUAUCAACAUAUGACCUUACAAGACGUUAGACAGAAGGAUCAAGUAACUGGUGGCCUAAACGAACUAACAUGGUAGCAACUUCAGAAUGGGGAAAGGUUACCAUCAUCCUAUUUUGCAGGGAAUGACCUACUUUUUUUCCUUGCAAAGGCAUCACUAUGUAUGAGAACUUGCAUAAUGCAAGGAUCGGAAAGAUGCAUAAAAGAUCGAGGAUUUGAAGAGCUGACCAGGUGAAGCAAUGGAUCAGCUACUGCAGCUUUUUGCAGGAAACUUCUGUAAGAUUUAAAUUAUGGAGAUGGUCUCCAAUGUAAUGUUAUUUUUAUUUUUUUUUAAUUGCUAAAUCAAUUUUGAGCACAAAAAGUAUGAUUGUUGCAGUCAGAUUCUCUAUGAGGUUCUGCAACCAAUGCAUCAUCGCUACACAUUAUUGCUAACAAUUAG